GUCGGCACACCCCCUGUUGGAAGUCUACAUCAAUCUGGCGCACGACCUGAAUGAGAAGAUCCAGUCUGAGGAGUACCGUCAACUGCUGAAACUGGAGGACGAAAUCACAGCGCAAAGCGGCAGUUCCUCCAAUACUUUGGACUUUGUGCAGGCAAUGAUGGAUGACCAGAAACCCUUCCACGAG